AUGUCAGGUGAAGAUGACGGAUUCAAUUCGAAAAAUUGGGUCUGGGUGCCAGAUUCGAUGGCAUGUUAUUUAAAGGGCUACGUUACUGACUAUUUAAAUGAUGGGAAGUGUAAAGUUACAGUAAUUAAUGAGAAUAAAGAAGAACAUAGAAUAGUAGAAAAUGAUCAAAUCGAAAGCUGUAACCCAUCGAAAUUCAAUAAGUGUGAUGAUAUGGCAGCUUUGACCCAUUUGAAUGAGCCGUCUGUUGUUUACAACAUGUACUUGAGAUAUAACGAUGAUAUGAUAUAUACUUAUUCAGGUUUAUUUUUGGUAGCAAUAAAUCCUUAUAAAUCCCUUCCAAUCUACGAUCAGAAGACUUUGGAAAAAUACCACUCACAAGAUUUUGAUAAACCUCCUCCCCAUAUAUAUGCAACAGCAGAAGGUACUUAUAGAAAUCUUUUGUCAAAUCAUAAAAAUCAAUCUAUCCUUGUUACAGGUGAAAGUGGUGCCGGAAAGACGGAAAAUACCAAAAAGAUAAUUCAAUACUUGUCUUCGAUUACUCCCGAAAACAGGCUGAAUAUGUCAAGUACAAUUGACUCCAGGAUCUUACAGGCGAAUCCUAUUUUAGAGAGCUUUGGAAAUGCAAAAACCAUCAAAAACAAUAACUCUUCUCGGUUUGGAAAGUUUGUUAAAGUUUACUUCACAGAAAGCGGCUGUAUUAGUGGUGCAAAUAUUGACUACUACUUGCUCGAAAAAUCGAGAGUAGUGACCCAAGCUGUGGAAGAGAGAAAUUAUCAUAUUUUUUAUCAACUUUUGAAAGGAUAUGAUGUGAAAAAAUUGAAAGUGCUUGGGCUAACGAGCGCCGUUGAAGAUUAUAGCUACUUGAAUAAUGUACAUUUGAAAAUCCCGCAUGUGGACGAUAAGAAGGAUUUCAAUACGCUAGUUGAAGCUUUCAAGAUCUUAGGAUUACAAGAAAAUGAGAUAGAUGACAUAUUUUCAAUUCUAGCUGUCAUAUUGCAAUUUGGGAACUUAGAGUUCACAUCAUGGAAGGCUGAACAGGCAAGCUUCAAAUCGGACUCGCUGCUUCAAACAAUUCUGAAACUUUUAGGAAUUGAAAAGAAAGUUCUAGCGGAGUUCCUCCUACGACCAAAAGUUAAAGCUGGCAGAGAAAUGGUUCAAAAAUCAAAACGGCCGCCUGAAGUGAAAUUCGCUAUUGAUGCAUUAUCCAAGCAUUUUUAUGAAAAACUUUUUCAAUAUAUUAUUGGAAAAAUAAACCUCAGUUUAAAUAUUGAUGCUACUGACGUAGAUUUAAGUUUCAUAGGUGUUUUAGACAUUGCCGGGUUUGAAAUAUUUACAGAAAAUUCCUUUGAACAACUCUGUAUAAAUUAUACUAAUGAGAAGCUUCAACAAUUUUUUAAUCAUCAUUCUUUUAUCCUUGAACAAAGUGAGUAUCUACGUGAAGACAUUCAGUGGGAAUUUAUAGAUUUUGGUCUAGACUUGCAGCCAACAAUUGACUUGAUAGAACUGAGACGGCCCUUAGGAAUUUUUAAAGUUUUAGAUGAAGAAUGCGUAGUACCUAAAGCUUCUGAUAAAUCAUUCAUGGACAAACUUUCCAUGACUUGGGGAAAUGGCCAAAGUAAAAAAUUUCGACUCAACAAAUUCAAAAGUGGGUUUAUUGUACAUCAUUACGCUGGAGAAGUUGAAUAUAAUGUUGAUAACUGGUUGCAAAAGAAUACGGAUCCGGUCAGCGAGAAUAUUUUAAGUAUCUUGCCAUCUUCUGAAAGUAAAUUUAUAAGAGAAGUAUUCACUGAGGAUAUAGAAAUCGGUGGAAAGACAAAGAUAAAGAUGAAAACAAGAACACUUUCUCAGAAACAUAAAGAUCAAUUGAGCAAUUUAAUGGAACAACUCAGCCUUACAGAGCCUCAUUUUGUGCGCUGCAUUCUUCCAAACUUGUACAAAAAGCCAAACCGAUUUGAUAAGAACUUGGUUCUAAAUCAGUUAAGAUGCAACGGUGUUUUGGAAGGCAUUAGGAUCACCAGAGCAGGUUAUCCGAAUAGGAUGACUUUUGAUGAGUUUUAUUCUAGAUACUCAAUUACAAAUGUUAAAGAAGUUUUCACUAAAAAUAACAAGACCAAUAGUGAACUACUCAUCAAGUAUGUUGACUUGGACCCAAACAGUUACAAAAUUGGUAUUACGAAGAUCUUCUUUAAGAAUGGCGUUUUAGGAAAAUUAGAAGAAUUAAGGGAUUUGAGCUUGAAGGGAAUAUUCACUGAUUUACAAAGCUUGGUAAGAGGUAAAAAGGCAAGGAAAACAAUUGAGUUUAAGAUACGAGAAAUCCAAUCUUCUCAAGUUGUAGCUAGGAAUUUCGAAAUGCUUGAAGAUUCGCUCUCAAGAAAUCUCUGGUUUAGUCUUUUCAUUAAGAUCAAACCUUUGCUUGAAGAUUCUGUAAAGUUACUUGAUUCAAAGGAAAUGAACAAAUCUUUGAAAGAAGCUAGCGAUAAAUUAAAAGACCUUGAAAGAUUAAGAAAUUCGCUCGACGAUGAAAAUAAAAGAUUGAAGGAUCAAAUUACAAAACUAGAAACUGAAGUAAUAUCCGUGACUGAUAUUGUCAAAGAGAAGGAUAUAGCUCUAAAAAAAGUAAGAAGUGACGAAGCAAAUUCUCUCAAAAAGACGAGAUCGAUUCAAAAUGAACUAGAUCAAUUGAGGUCUUCAAAUAAAUUGUUAAACCGACAAAAGGAAGAACUCGAUGAAAAAUUAGCUAGGAAGGUAGAAGAGCUAAACCAAAAUUUGAAGCAAAGGGAUCUGCUUGCGAAUGACCACAAGGUAUCUCUAGAAAAAAUCAAGGAAUUAAAAGAAAAGAUAACUACCUUGGAGCUAGAAAAUAAGAAUCAGGUCGAUGCUAUUGAAGUCUUAAAUAACGAUAUUUCAAGAUCAAAAAGCGAAGCAGAUUCUAGGUAUGAAGAGAUUGAACAAAAGAAUAGAAUGUUACUUUCAGAAUUGGAUAAUUUUAAAGAGACCAAACAUAAUAAACUUACUGAUGAGAUUGCAGAGCACCGUGAUACUAUUUCACAUCACCUCAAUACCAUUAGCGUUCAAAAUGAUGAGCUAAACAGUCUUAAAUCUAAUCACACUAAAUCUCAAUUAAGAGUUAAAGAAAUGGAAGAUGAACUUAAUGAUAAUGUCACCAAAUUAGGUACCCUUGAAUCUCAGUUAUCUAUUAAAUUAGAUGAAGUUCAAAGUCUUAAAGAUAAGUGUAAGGUUCUAGAGAAGAAAUACACUGAGAUUCUUGAAGAGAAAGGCGUUUUAAUUUCUAGAGAAAAUCAAUUAAAUGAUAUUCUAAAAGAGGAAUCAAAGAAAUCUAACGAACUUUCUUCGUUGAAAGAAAAGUGGGUCACCAUUUCAAAAGAAAACUCUACACUAAGUAGGUCAUUGGAAGAGUUAAAGGUGCAACUUCAAGUAGCUAUUGCCUCCAAAACUAAAUAUUCGGAAGAAAUUGUGUCCUUGAGAAAUAGAUUACAAGAACUUGAGGAGAAAGAAAGCGAGAAAGGUAGAAAUGUUAAUGGAAAAGAGAAUGUGCCACCAGAUUCUCAAUUUCUAGAAGAUUACUCCAGUAUGAAAAUAAAAAUGAAUGAACAGAAUGCAAUUUUGAGAAAAGAGCGCUUUGAGAAUAAGAAAUUGAAUGAAGAAAUCAGCUUGUUGAAAGAAAGAAUUUCUAAUCAUACCGAGGAGUUGCUGCUUCAGAGAAAUCAAGUUGACAAAAAGCCACCAAGAACUUCUGAAUUAGAGGAAACGAAAAAUGAGAUCGAAACUUUGAAGAAAUCUCUUCAACAGGAAGAAACAAAUGUGCAACGAGCUGAAAACUAUGCAAUUGAGCUACAGAAGAAACUUAAUAAACUACAAUCUGCAAAGCCCGAUGAUCUAUCCAAACGCAAUAACGUUUCAAGUAGCUCCAAUCAAGAGGAAUCUAUAUUUGACACCCGGCGCAUAACAGAGAACGAUCGGUCAAUUUCUUAUACCGAUAGUUUGAGUAAGAGCCUUUUGUUACGAGCUAAUAAUAACCUGGAUUUCUUAGCCAUUUACCAAGAUGUUACAAAAACUCUCAAAUUCACGAGGGAUGAACUAUCAUCAUCGAAAAGUGAAAUUUUGAGACUAAAAGCCCUCUUACGCGACUCAGAGGAUGAACUAUAUAAUACCAAGCGCCAAACCGUUAGAUCAACCAUUUCUGACUACGAAAAUGAGCUAUCACAGCUCAAAGCAAAAGCAAAUUCUUUCACUUCUAAAAAUAGAGACCUUGAGAAGGCUACAGAACUAUACAAAAAGAGAUCCGAAGAGUAUUAUGAAAAGUUAGAACUUGCGGAGUCGGCAGUUAGUAUUUCGAAGAGACAGGAACAGGCAGCCUUGAAAGAUUUGCUAGAAACUAAAAAUCAGUUGACGCUUGCAAGAGAAGAAGCAAGGGCAACCCAAAUUUUAGUUAAAGACAUGAGGAAACUGAUUUCGCGAUUAGAAGAGGCAGUUCUAGAUAAAGAUUUUGAGCUUUCGCAGACUCAAACUCAAGCAAAGGAAUUACAAGACAAGGUAGACUAUCUUUAUAGGAGCUAUGGCAGCAAAGAAACGAAUGAUAAGUACAAGGAAGAUAUUCGAAAUUUAAACAGAGAUUUGAAUUUCAAGCUAGAAACUGAAACAAAGCUAAUAAAAGAAAAUAAAAGGCUUCAGCUCGAUAAUGAGGAUUUAGUAAGAGUUAAGAUACAACUUGAUAAAGAUAAUGCAGAUAUGGCAACUAAAGUCACUGAUUUGGAAGAUUUAUCUGAAGAUUUAAAGAAAAAGAAAGCUUCAUUGGAAGAAGAAAAGGCUAGUCAUGAAAGAAAGUUGGCUGGUUUAAGUAAGCAGGUUUCUUCUCUCAAAGAAUUGGUUAAUGAUAUUUCUGAAGAGAGAGAUAACUUAAUUAAUUCCAGAAAUCAGUUAAGCCAGAAGGUUACCGAGUUGAUGCAAAGCUACGAAGAGAAGACUAUGGAGCUUCAAAACUCAGAAUCGAGCAUUAUUGUCUUGAGAGAGCAUCUAGAGAAUCAAAGACGAGCUUCAAAGGAAGUUGAGGCGGAAUUGAACCAAUCAAAAUCGUCUUCAACAUAUGAUGCCCAGGACCAAUUGAGAUUACGAAAUGAAAUAUUGGUCAUAGGUGAAGAGAAUGACUCUCUUAAGAGGGCCAACAAGGAACUCAACACCAAAGUCCAUGAUCUUGAAUUAAAAUUGUAUAGUAACGAGCAAUUGAAAUAUUGGGAGGAUAAAGUUGAAAGACUCACUGAUGAAUUAGACACGGCUCACAAUAAGUUCCACGAGUCAUCGAAGACAGUAACAAAUUUGAAGAGAGAACUCAAGCUGUUGGAAAUUAGAAUCGACAAUGAAAGUCGCUUGACAAAAAAGUACAAUGAUGAAAAUUUUGAUUACCAAAAUAAAGUAAAUCACUACAAAAGCACAAUAGAUAUUUUGCACAAUGAAACUAUUGAGAAGGAUUUGCAAUUGAAAUCAAGGGAACGAGAAAUAUCCGAAAUGAAAGAAAAUAAAUUGCUUCUUGAGAAGGAAGUAUUGGAACUAAGCGAUCAACUUCGAGCCAAUAAUAUAAUAUAA